UUUCUGGUCAUUUUGCAAAGGCGAUUUAUUCGUGUUGCAGUGAGAGCGGAUAAAAAAAUGCGAAGAGAAUUUAUUGUUCGUGCGUUUGUAAUAAUCGAUGCACUGUUUGCUGAACUCUGCACGUGCAUGCCUACGCCACAGUUUUACAGCGGGAGUCCGGUGGUGGAGCACCCUGGCGCUGCCAUCGCCGGGCGAGCCAGCCCGCGGGACAGCGGGGGAGCGGGGAUGGUGUACGUGCUGGUUGGUUUGGUGAGCCUCCCUCUGCUGGUCACCGUGCUGUGGCUGCUGCGCCAGUUGUGGCGCAUGCUGGCCUGCGCCGGCCGGGGCUGCCCCGCCACAGCGCGCUGCGCCAGUCGGCCCGACCACGGCCUGGAGGAGGUCGUGAUCAUACCCGCCGACCACCAGUUGCACUGCUCAGUUCCUCAGGGCGUGCCGUCUGCUAGCAGUGCCCUGCUGCGUGAUGGGCCACUAGCAUCUUCCCAACAACAACACCAGUUUUCACCUGAUUCUCUGAUGGAAGAGAUGUUGCUUGCGUCGACUCGUGAACAGAUGCAGAGUGCAUCAACACCUCAGCUGCACGACUGCUCACUUGCCUCUUCUCGCGAGCAGAUGAUGUCUACUUCUGCUCCUCUGGACGAAAAGGCGGUGCUGAUGUCCAUCCAUGAACAGCUGCAGCUGGAAAAUAGGGAAAUGUUGACCAGCCACCACCAAAUGCUCUUGUAUUCAACGGCUCCUCAAUUGGAAUACGUUAAGGAGAUAUUCGCUGAUUACCAGUCUCCUAUCCGUCACACAGAAGAGACGGAAGUAGAGGAAACAUGCGACCAGGAUGAAGCGGUGCUUUCACCUCCGAUGCAGGAUUUGGAAGCGUUUUCCAUCCCUGAUGCCUUCGCUCCUGCCGAUGCCGACAGUGACAACUUACAGUAUCCCCAGGAGUCAGGGAAAAUCAGCUUUAUGAAAUCAACCUUAUCAGCAGUUAUGACAUCCAGCAUCUCUGGCCUUAGGUUACUGCAAAGGACGUGGUGCAUUUUGGCUUCUAUUACGCCCUAUUGGCUCCACUGCAUCACUCAACACCGAAACAUCCAGCUUACUUAUCUGAGAGAAGUGGGGGAUGUGUUUAAUUCUUACCCUCCCGAACACCGACAAAAAUCGCCAUUUACUCCGAAGGAAGAGGCCUUUGAAUUUUAUUCUCUUGAACAACUGGUAGUCGACACAUCGUUUCCGAGGAAAGAGGUAUGUGAGACCUAUCCCCCCGAGCAGCUGCAUGAGUCACCAUCAUCGCCAAGGGAAGAGGCCUUUGAAAAUUAUCCUUCUGAGCAGCCGCAAGAUUCACCAUCCUCUUUGAAGGAAGAGGUCUACGAGACUUAUCCUCUUGAACAGCUGCAAGCAUCAACAUCAUCUUCAGGAGAAAGGGCUGUUGAUGCUUAUCCUUCUGAGCAACUGCAAGACUCACCAUUAUCUUUGAGGGAAGAUGUCUAUGAGACAUAUCCUCCCGAGCUGCAUGAAGCACCAUUAUCCCCAUGGGAAGAGACUUUUGACACUUUUCCUCCCGAGCAGCAACAAGAUUCUCGAUCACCUUUGAGGGAAGAGGUCUACGAGACUUAUCCUCUUGAACAGCUGCAAGCAUCAACAUCAUCUUCAAUGGAAAGGGCUGUUGAUACUUAUCCUCCCGAGCUGCUGCAAGAAUCACCAUCAUCUUUGAGGGAAGAGGUCUAUGAAACAUAUCCUCCCGAGCUGCAUGAGGCACCAUUAUCUCCAUGGGAAAAGAUUUUUGACACUAAUCCUCCCAAGCAGCUGCAAGAUUCGCGAUCACAUUUGAGGGAAGAGGUCUACGAGACUUAUUCUUUUGAACAGCUGCAUGCCUCAACAUCAUCUUCAAGGGAAGGGGCCUUUGAUGCUUAUCCUCCCGAGCAGCUGCAAGAGUUUCCAUUCCCCUUGAAGGAAGAGGUCUAUGAAACAUAUCCUCCAGAGCAGCUGCAUGAGUCACCAUCAUCUCUGCAGGAAGAGCCCUUUGAGAAGUAUCCUUCUGAAUACCCACAUGUAUCGACAUUGUCUGAGAAGAAAGAGGUUUUUGAGACUUAUUCUCUUGAAACGCUGCAAUCAUCAACAUCAUUUCCGAGGGAAGAUGUGAAUGAGACUCAUCCUUCCAAACAGCUGCAAGUGGUAUCACACAAGAUAAACUAGAGUUCUGGUCCCCUUACCUACUAUAAGCUACAACUACCACCGUUUCCUCCACAACAAGUUCCUUUGAAAGAAAUGCUGUAUGAAACGUUUCCUCCUUUGAAAACUGAUAUUGACACUACCCCUUCAGAAUAAAGAGGCAUUUUUGCGAUAAACC